UUUAUUUAGUGACUGUCAUAUGUUUUUGGUGGUUUUAGAUAUUUGAAGACAUCGGCUUGAAGGCUGGAGUUGUCAUCUGUUAAUUGGCGCUAAUAAGGACGUUGUUGGCGUAGUCAGGGCUGUCCACUUUCCCGGGAUAGGUGGGCUCAGACCUCAUCUCCCGUAUGAGGCACCAUGUCCAAGACCCUGAAAAAGAAGAAGCAUUGGCUGAGCAAAGUGCAGGAAUGCGGGUUAUCGGGAGUGGGCGGUGAUCCUAGUGCCCUCCUGGAGAUCCGCGGGGGCGCCGAGCAUGGAGAGUUUCCUUAUUUGGGCCGCCUCCGAGAAGAUGCAGCCACCUACAUUGCUGGCAAGGUACCCAACCAAGGAGAUGUACUGUUGGAAGUGAACGGCACACCGGUCAGCGGCCUUACUCAUCGAGAUACGCUAGCUGUGAUAAGGCACUUCAGGGAGCCUAUUCGACUAAAGACCGUCAAACCUGGUAAAGUUAUAAAUAAAGACCUCCGUCAUUAUCUUAGUCUACAGUUCCAGAAGGGAUCCAUAGAUCACAAGCUACAACAAGUAAUCAGAGAUAACCUCUACUUAAGAACAAUACCAUGUACAACACGAUCACCAAGAGAUGGUGAAGUCCCAGGUGUUGAUUAUAAUUUCAUUACAGUGGAACAGUUCAAAGCAUUAGAAGACAGUGGAGUUUUGUUGGAGAGCGGAACAUAUGAUGAUAACUUCUAUGGCACUCCAAAACCACCAGCUGAGCCGAGUCCCUUCCAACCUGAUCCUGUGGAUGGAGCCCUAUUUGAUGCAGACUUUGACACAGAGGUUACGAGGAAGAGAACCACAUCUGUCAGUAAAAUGCAACGCACAGACUCUUCUCUCCCUGAAGAAGAGGAGGAGGAGGAUAGAGAAGCUGUCAAUGGCAGCAGUGGAAGCACAGAGCACAGACCAGAAUCUGCAGAGUGGGGAAAAACUGUCCCUAGCUACAACCAGACCAAUAGUUCUAUGGACUUCCGAAACUAUUUAACACAAAGUGAAAACCUUGAACCCCUUCCAAAAAACUGGGAAAUGGCCUACACAGAAGCAGGCAUGAUCUACUUCAUAGACCAUAACACAAAAACAACAACUUGGUUGGAUCCACGCCUGUGCAAGAAAGCAAAAGCUCCAGAAGACUGUGAUGAUGGUGAACUUCCAUAUGGUUGGGAAAAGAUAGAAGAUCCACAAUAUGGGAUCUAUUAUGUUGACCACAUUAACCAGAAAACACAGUUUGAAAAUCCAGUUCUUGAAGCUAAAAGAAAGAAGCAGCUUGGCCAGCUGGGUCUGCCUCCGCCUGAAGGGGCAAUAAUUCCUGAGCCUGACAAGUCCCCAUUCACCAGAGAUCCAGCACUGCUAAAGGGAGCAACAUUGCGCACAUCUCUUAAGAAAAGUGCUAUGGGAUUUGGAUUCACGAUUAUUGGAGGAGACAGACCAGAUGAGUUCUUGCAGGUGAAAAACGUUCUCAAAGACGGUCCAGCUGCACAAGACGGGAUAAUAGCUCCAGGUGAUGUCAUCAUGGAGGAGUGGAAUGGAACCUGUGUUCUUGGUCACACGCAUGCAGAAGUUGUUCAAAUGUUCCAGCUUAUUCCCAUUAACCAGUAUGUGAAUAUGACACUAUGCAGAGGCUAUCCUCUUCCUGAAGAUAGUGAUGACCCUGUAGCUGAUAUUGUUAAUAAUACUCCACCAGUAAUAAAUGGGCAGUUGACUACACAAGGAGAAAACAUGGGAAGCCAGGACUUGACGUCUGGAGUAGUUGUUUUGGACCACAAUAGGAAACCAGGCCAUGUGUUGGUCAAUGGGCGACUGAAUGGACCUACACAGGAUUUACAAGAUCAAAGGACAUCUAUGGCAUCAUCUGGGACAUCACAGCCUGAGCUAGUGACCAUUCCUUUAUUAAAAGGCCCCAAAGGUUUUGGUUUUGCCAUCGCUGAUAGUGCAAUGGGGCAGAAAGUGAAAAUGAUUUUGGAUAGUCAGUGGUGUCCAGGACUUCAGAAGGGGGAUGUAAUAAAAGAAGUCUGUCAUCAGAAUGUGCAGAGCCUGACACACAUACAAGUUGUUGAAGUCUUGAAGCAGUUUCCAGUGGGAGCUGAAGUGCAAUUACUCGUUUUAAGAGGAGGUCCUCCAUCACCAACCAAAAUAACAAAAGUGGUGAGUACUGACAAACCAGAGCUGACUGGUAGUGUUGAAGCAAUUGGCACAACUGAACCUUUACCACAGCCCUUACCCUUCCCACCAAACCUUGCACGAUCUAAUUCUCCAAAGCUUGACCCUUCAGAGGUGUACAAGAAAUCAAAGAACAUCUUUGACGAUAAGCCUCCCAAUACAAAGGACUUGGACGUUUUCCUACGAAAACAAGAAACUGGCUUUGGAUUUCGGGUUCUCGGGGGAGAUGGUCCAGACCAGGCAAUUUAUAUUGGAGCCAUUAUACCUUUAGGAGCAGCUGAAAAAGAUGGACGACUUCGAGCUGCAGACGAGCUAAUCUGUAUUGAUGGUGUACCUGUGAAGGGGAAGUCCCACAAGCAGGUCCUAGAUUUAAUGACAAAUGCUGCUCGUAAUGGUCACGUGCUGCUUACAGUGAGAAGACAGAUCUACUACUCGGACAAAGGGCAAGAGGAGGAGGACCCGCAGCAUACUGCCCCUGAACCUAAUGGCUCUCCAAAGCUCAAUCGCAUUGAAGUAUCUGCAGCUCCAAAGGCACCAGAGGCAUAUGAUGUUGUCUUACAACGGAAAGAAAAUGAAGGUUUUGGGUUUGUCAUUCUGACUUCCAAAAACAAGCCCCCUCCAGGAGUUAUUCCUCACAAAAUUGGACGUGUAAUUGAAGGUAGUCCUGCUGACCGAUGCAGAAAGCUGAAAGUUGGAGACAGGAUCUCAGCUGUUAAUUGCCAGUCAAUUGUGGAGCUGUCCCAUGAUAACAUUGUACAGCUUAUAAAGGAUGCUGGAAACACUGUCACCCUGACAGUGAUUGCGGAAGAAGAACACAGAGGCCCUCCAUCUGGUUCGAAUUCUGCAAGACAGAGCCCUGCUCCUCAGCAUCGUGCCAUGGGACAAGCACAACCGAAUUAUGGCACAUUAGACAGAAAAGCUCUGGAUGCAGACAGCAGUAAAGGAGAUCCUUCUGCCCCAUACGGGUUCCUAUGGUCUGAUCACAAACCUGAUGCUGUACAUACCUUACCUUUAGGAGGCAGACACUCACAGCAUGUGGGUUGUUAUCCUGUGGAGCUGGAGCGAGGACCUAGGGGCUUUGGGUUUAGCCUUCGUGGCGGAAAAGAGUACAACAUGGGACUAUUUAUUCUCCGGCUCGCAGAAGAUGGGCCAGCCAUCAAGGACGGGCGUAUUCACGUUGGGGACCAGAUAGUGGAAAUUAAUGGAGAGCCCACACAAGGCAUCACUCACACACGGGCCAUUGAGCUGAUCCAAGCUGGUGGGACAAAAGUUCUCCUGUUACUAAGGCCGGGGACAGGGCUUAUUCCAGAUCACGAUGAUCCGGACAGUACUCAUCCAUUAUUUGAAAAUGUAAUAUAUGAUGACAAUUCAGCCUUUUUAUCAACCUCAUACGUGCAUCCAAAUUCUGAGGUUUUUCAUUCACUGGCACCUGAUGAAGACAUUUUGGAAGUCCGUGAGACUGAAAAAAUUGAUUUUGCAAAUGAUAUACAGCAAAAUAAAGAUAUCACAGUUUUGCCUAUGGGUAACAUCAAUAAGAAGGAAUAUAAGCUAGAACCGCUGGCGUCUUCAGUUCAACACAAAGGCAAGCAAAGAGAAAGGUCUGAGAGCCCCAAAAACUCUUCCAAAAAUAAACCACUUGAAUCUGGGAAAGAAAGUGGUGCAAAAAGAGAGAGAGGGCGAUCAGCAAGUCCCAAGAAGAGUGAGAGCAAUAUAUCUGAAAGACACCAGAGUUCCCGACAGACUGAUUCAAAACGUAUACACAAAGAAAUCCGAGAAAGAUCUUUAAGCCCCAGAAAAUCAUAUCAUAAAACGGACACUGAAAAUUAUGCUGCCAAAGAUAAAGACAAAAGGGGACACAGACACAGAGGAAGAUCUGCCAGUCCAAAAAAGUCUUACAGAAAAGAGGAAAAAGAGAAACAAAGUGGUGAAGCUGAAGAUGCAUCAAAAAAACAGCAAAAUGCAGUUAAUGCAGAUCGACUGAUGGAUAAAAAGGACAAAAGGUCAGUAAGAGAAGAUAAAAAAGAAAAGAGUAAGGUAAAUGAAAAGCUUGAGGAAUCAAAGAAGGACACAAGGGAAGACAAACUUAGGAGAGAGGAGAGGGAAGAUAAGGCUAGGAGUGAGGAGAUAUCCCGAAGGCAAGAAAGAGAGGGAAAACACAGGAAAGAGGACAGAGAGGAAAAACUCAGAAGGGAGGAUAUACUUAGAAGGGAGGAGAAAGAUGACAAGCACAGAAAAGGAGACAGGGAGGAUAAGCAGAUGCGAGAUGACCGAAACAAGAAAGAAGAGCGGGAAGAGAAAGUCAAGAGAGAAGAAAGAGAGGUUAAGUACUGGAGGGAUAACAAAACCAAGAGGCAAGAUAGAGAAGCGCAACCCAGAAGAGAAGGAAGGCAGGAGAAACAUAAUGGAGAGGACAAACACAGGGGGGAGGUACGGGAGGAGAAGCUAAAGUCAGAAGAGAGGGAGGACAAAAUCAGGAAACACCAUGGGUUCAAAAGAGAAGAUAGGGAUGAGAAAUCCAAAGGAGAUGUCCGAGAGUCAAAAAAUGAUAAAAAACUGGAUGAGAGACAUGAAAAGUCAAGACGAGAAGACAGUCUACAUGAUGUUAACAACAAGAAAACCCCAGAACAGAAAAGUAAACAAAUGGAGGAAAAAUCUCAAAGAAAUUACACUGAGUAUGAGCAGAAAAAACGUGAAAAUGAACGAAUAAAAAAAGAUCUGAUCCUUAAAGCCAAACGAGCAGAAAAGGACUCCCAGAGUGAACCAUCUGCUACUCAUCAUGAGCCACAAGUCAAGAAUCCUACAGCUGAAGCUACAGAGAAAACCAAAGAUGAAGGAGCAUCACGGACAACAGGAAAGAAAUCACUGAUAACUCCAGGACCAUGGAAAGUUCCCAAUUCAAAUAAAGUUUCUGAUGCUGACGAAUUGAAUAUAUAGACCACUACUCCACAUGCUGCCAGCUGAGUUCAGCGUAUGUAUUUAGACUUCUUAAACCUUAACCUGCAUGAAGGAUAUUUUGGAUUUUGCUUGCAGGGAAUGGUCUUCCACAAGCUUGAGCUCCAUGUUAGUCUAUGAAGGUGUACUGUCACACUUUUUGGACUUUGCUGCUACAAAAUAAGUUGGGACAGUGUUGUACAGAUCCUGAUCAUGUGAUCAUGGCUCCACUACUUGUGCCAAUUUUAUCUUCCUGUUCAGUUUAUUUCCUUUGUCUGUGUAAAAUGUAAACUUGUCUUUUACAUAGCCAAAAAAGCCUGGCUGAAAUAUUUGACUAGCAUGUUGCAUGUGUACAAAACUGUAACAGAAAAUACAAGUUAUUGAUGGUCAAAGAAAGAAAGAACUAUACGGGGCAUAGUGCCAUGUAAAACAUACCACUGACCUUUUACUCCUGUGUAAAAAAUAGCCUCCAAAUACACAUAAUAUACAGAACAGGAAGCUUUUUUUUAUAAAGAACAAAUUGGGGUUCAGUUACCCCAGCCACCAAGUUUUCUACUUUUAAUAAGAGCUUAUUGUAAUAACUAUAUACGCACUUGUCCAGAAAGUGCAGAAGAAUAACUUUUGCUCCUGUCUGCUUCUUUCCUAAAUGAGUUUUAUCAUGAUACACAUGACUGAAUACAAAAGAACAAACAAAACAAUAUAUGCAGUAAACUGAGCAGCAUGCAUUUCAUGGGCUUUUGAAAUAAUGUUUUUGAAUAGCUUGAUUAUAGUUGCAUGAGAGGAAAAAGCUUUUUCAGGUCAAUGGAAGAAAAGUGUGGCUUGGGUGAAGGAAACAUUGUAAGUAUUUGAAACAACUUAUAUAAUUUGC